GAUUAAUUCAGAAACAACCCACAAAACGGACUUGGCUUUAGAAAGAUCCGUGGUCCCAAUUAGGGUUUAUAAUUUUAAAAACUUCUGAUCAUUACUCGUUAAAGUUUUCCCGCGAAAGAUGGAUCCUGAAGGACAACGAGCCCCAACCAGCGCAUCGGCGGUAAUGGCUUCACUUCUAAGCAAGAGAACCAAGCUUCUCGAAGAGCUGCGCAACAUUGAACGACAGGUAUAUGAUAUGGAGACAAGUUAUUUACAGGAUCCAAGCCAAUGUGGCAAUGUAUUGAAAGGUUUUGAAGGGUUCCUAUCUUCAUCUAAGAACACUGCACUCAGCUUGAAGCGGUCAAGGAAGUUUCAGCCGGAAGAUAGGCUGUUCUCCUUAUCUUCAGUUACUUCACCAGCAGCUGAAGAGCAAGCAAUUGGACGAGUGGAUGGGAGAUCAGACUAUGGUCCAGGUCGGUCUAAGGGUGGAGGUAUCUUUGGGAAUGGGCAAGGAAAACCAAAGAAGGGAAGAGGCGCCUCAAGAGACGCAAAAAGAAUCAGGCAUUCAAGUGAAGAUUUUGACUAUGAUGAUGAUCCUGAUGUGACAUUGUAAAAUUGGCAUGUUCAUUGCUCUUUUUGUGCAAGAUUUGCCGGAUCUGGAGCCUUCGGCAGAUUGUUUGUUGUAUAUAAGAUCCUGUUAAUGGCAGAAAUUAUAAUUGCUCAGGCAAGCAAAAACUUAGUUUGACUGAUGCAAAAAGGAAUCAUGAGCUAACCAGAAUUAUCUGAGAGGUUGUUCCUUUGGCAGAUAAUAUGCUUGGUAUAUUUAAUUGGCUUAAAUUGCCUGACUUAGUCUUAUUUGUUUAACUUUUAGGGAAAUAUUGAAGGAUGAAGUUCCCAUA